AUGACAUCUGAAAAACAGCAAAAUCUGACAGUUUUUAAAAUUCAAGGAUUUACUGAUAUUCCAGAACUUCAGCUUCCGAUCUUUUCACUAUUUCUCUUCAUAUACUGUAUCAUUAUCGGGAGCAAUCUAACAAUUUUCUUGGUUAUUUUGUGUGAUUCUUACCUUCACACCCCCAUGUAUAUAUUUUUGAUGAACAUUUCGGUCAUUGAUAUCGCCAAUGCUUCGAACAUACUACCAAAGUUAUUGAAUAUUCUGCUUACGCGGCACAAGACCAUUUUAUUUCUAGAAUGUAUCAUUCAGAUGUAUUUCUUUAUAUCUCUGACAUCCACUGAAAUUCUCCUGCUUGCAGCUAUGGCAUAUGAUCGGUAUGUGGCCAUCUGUCACCCCCUUCAUUAUUUAACUAUGAUGGAUUUAAGGCACACAGCAGCAUUUGCAGUAAUCUCGUGGGCCGUCGCCUUUCUGGAUCCCAUUGGACAUGCCGUUCUUGUAUCGAAAAUGUCUUAUUGCGGCUCACAUAUCAUUGACCAUUUUUUUUGUGAUGUUACACCAUUGCUGAAGCUCUCCUGCAGUGACACCUCAAAAAUGGAUAUUUUAAAUGUAUUUGAUGGUACAUUUAUAGCAUUCCCAGCAUUUUUUCUUACCUUAACCUCAUAUGUGUUUAUUAUCUCCACUGUUCUGAAAAUAAAAUCGGCCGAAGGUCAACGUAAAGCAUUUUCUACAUGUACCUCCCAUCUCACAUGCGUAACUAUAUUUUAUGGAACCCUUAUAUCUUUGUAUAUGAGACCUACAUCAAGCUACUCUCCAAGACAGGACAGAUACUUUGCCCUUCUAUACGUUGUCUUGAUUCCUUUGUUAAACCCUGUUAUUUACACUUUAAAAAACCAAGAUGUUAAAGAUGCUUUAAGGAAACUUAUGAAGAAGGUAAUGUUUGUUGAAAAGUACAAAUAA